AUGACGGAUAUCUUUCUCUUAAACAUGGCAAUAGCAGACUUACUGUUUAUCUUUACUCUUCCAUUCUGGGCUGUGUAUUUGGAAAAGAACGAAUGGAUUUUCGAGGAUGUUAUGUGCAAAUUAAUUAAAAGCAUCUACACAAUUAAUUUCAACUGCAGCAUGCUGUUAUUAGCUUGUGUGGGUAUUGACCGAUAUGUAGCCAUUGUGCAGGUAACAAAGUCGUUUCGACUCAGAAAUGUUGCAUUGAGUCAUAAAGGAAUGAUCUGCUUAGCAGUUUGGAUUGUGGCUACCUGCUUCUCCAGCAUAACAUGCAUAUUCAGUGGGGCUUACAAAUCAGAAAUCAGUCAGUCCACGGUUUGUGAAGCACUUUACCCACAUAAUUUUUCAGCAUCCAACUGGAAAUUUGCAGUUAUAGCUGUGGAAGUCGGUGCUGGGUUUUUGAUUCCAUUUAUUGUUAUGCUAUUUUGCUAUACAUGUAUAAUUUUGACAUUGCUACAGGCAAAAAAUUCCCAAAGAUACAAGGCAAUCCAAGUAAUUGUGACUGUAAUGAUUGUUUUUCUAGUUUGCCAGGUCCCAUACAAUCUGACACUUUUGGUAAAAGCUAAUAAUUUGUUACAGAGACAUGGCAUGACAUGUCCUCAAUUAAUAGCAACAGAGUAUGCACUCCAUAGCACAAGAUUGCUAGCUUUUUUUCACUGUUGUCUAAAUCCAGUCAUUUAUGCCUUCAUUGGGGUAAAAUUCCGAAAUUAUUUUAUGAAAGUAAUGCAAAACGUGUGCUUUUUGCAUAAGUUUCCCCUGUCUAGAACACGGAGCUCCAGGUUAUUCUCGGAUAUGUACCCAUCAAGGAGGACAAGUGAGGUAUUUCCAAGUGAUGGUGCUUCAUCUUUCACAGUAUAG